AGUUUUCUGAAUCCUCGUUUAAAGUAAAGAUCUAUCUUGAAUCAUUUAAUACAAUUGGAUCACUUGGCCGCGAUUAUAAUAGAGAUUGUUGUAAAAAAUUUUUUUGCGAUGUAAUGUGUUCAUUUCAAUUUGAAAUAUGUUUUGGUACAAGUUCACUAUACUGCUUUAAUUCGAGCACAUUCGAUGAAGAUGUAAAAACGAGAACUACUAGUUUUAAAUUCGAUUUAUCGAGUAACAUGACGAACUCAUUGGUUCUUAAAUCGUCAUCAAUAAAGGUGACCUUUAACUUAAGUAUAAACAUUUAUAAUCGAAAUGUCGACCCACCUAGUUUGUUUAACAGUUUGUCAGCGCAGUUUUCACUUGACUCAAUUCAGGAUAAAAAACUAAAGUUAAAUGGUGGUUUGAAAAAAUCGAAGAACGAGUUAUUAUUUACAGCAAGUUUAACCUGCGAUGACAAUUUUAAACCGCCUGAUUGUAUUGAUAAAAUAUGCGUUGAGCAUGACGACGAUAUCAACGGACAUUAUACUUGCGAUAAAAACGGAACUAUUAUCUGCAGAAACGGGUGGAUUGACCCGUCAAAGAAUUGCCGAUUAGCUGACCCAAACUAUGUUUCAAAAACAACUGAAUUGUGGAUUUCACCGAAUUUACCAACAAGUGGAAUAACGAGUUUACCAACAAGUUUAUUAACGAGUUUACCAACGAGUAUAUUAACGAGUUUACCAACAAGUUUAUCAACGAGUUUACUUAACACUUUACAAACAGUUACUUAUGAAAAAAAAUCUUUUAUAAGUGAUAGUGAAACUAGUACUUCAAAAAAACCGACAGAAGCAUUUUCAAGCAGCAAUAUGCAGCUUGAUUUAUUAGUAUCAUCAACUUCAAAUGGUAUUUUAUUGCCUUUUUUUUCGGAGAGUCGACAAAGUAAAGCAGAAAGAUCCACUUCAAUUAUGUUUAAUUACAGUUCAAUAAUGACAAUACAGCUGGAAACAAAAAAAAAUUAUACUUUUAUCACACAUACAAAAACAUCUAUAUCUAUUCAGAGCAAAGUUUAUAGUCCAACCAGUACAAAAAUUUUUUCUAGUAAAUUAGAUCAAGAUACGUACAGCUCGAUUAAAACAUCGACACCUGCUUUAACACACUCUUUAUCAUCAAUCAAUCCAUCCACGCAUCAGUCUAUUAAUCAAUUAUUUUCAACGCAAAUAUUUUCCACUUACAACCAGUCAUCAAUGUUACAAUCAACACUAAAACUUUUGACUUCUGAUUUUUUCUAUGGAAGUAAUUAUAAUUCAGCGGCCAGUGUUUACAGUUAUACAGACUACUAUGAAACUCCUAAAACAACCUCAAAGUUUAAUUUUAAAAACACAAAUCUUUUAAAUUCGUCAGGUUCUCAAGACGUUUUGAAGAGCUCAAUUUUAUUAACAAUCCUUUCUAAAACUAUGAUAUAUGAAACAAUCACUUCAAACAAAACAUUUUUGUUUAAUAGUAGUAUUCCGGCUCAAAGUAUCUCUUAUGCAAAACAUUUAUUUUCUACGACAUUAACAAAUCAAACAACAACAAAUAAUCAUUUAAAUUUUAAAAAUUUUUCUACUACAGCUUUGCAAAGCUUUAAUUCAACCAGUUUUUCUUUUGUAAAAUCUUUUUUAAUAAAUAUAAAAACAACAGAAAAUGCUUCAUGCGCAUCAGUAACUACUCCUGUAAAUGUUACUAGUCUUUAUAUAUCAAACAUGAACACAAGCUUUAUUUUGAUGACGCAACAAACAAUAGCUUUGACACACCAACCAGCUCUAUCAAAGGCAUCUAUGUUAGAAUUUAAUGAAAGAUUUAUAAUGCUUGUCUUGAUAAUUUGUUCAAUGGUUAUGAUUGUAACUUUGAUUGUGUGUUUGUUCUAUCAGAGAAGAAGAGUAUACCGCAAACUUAAACGUCACGAAGCACAAAUAGAAGAUCUAAAAAUAUUACUUUUGUUAAAACAAAGAACAGCGUCGUACCAUGAAACUUCACAUACAGAAAAUCCAUACGUCACUCACGAAACUAAUUUAAGAUUACUUGACACUCCAGGAGGAGAGUACGUAGGUUUUGUAAACGAAAUGUUUCAAAUUGAAGAGAAACUACCUUCGCCUAUAUCAACACCAUCAAGAAAUAAAAGACCUUCAGUAGGUCCUUCGGCUGCUCCAUAUUAUGGUGAAAAUCAAGAUAAACGUAGACGAACAGGCGCUUCUUUUUUGCUUCCUCCUCCAAUGAAUAGAAUGGGAUCUCCUAUUAUGGUAAGAGUGGAAGAGAAUGCGGAAGAUAAUAACGUUAAAAGUGUUAUACCAAUGAAUAUAAUAAAAAAUAAGACAUCUUUAAACACAAUUCAGGAACCGCCCACACUAUGUUUAACAUCAUCUUUUUCUCCGCCUCCACCACCGCCUCCACCUCCACCACCACCUCCACCACCUCCUCCACUUGUUUCUGUUUUAUCAUCAGCUCCACGGGGAAUUCCUAAAAUUCAAAUAACAUCUUCUGAGUCAAAUCAAGUUACAGCAAAUAAUCAAAAAUCGCCAAUUGAUUCUCUUCUAGAUGAAUAUCGCUCUAAAUUUGCUGAGCGUAAUCGGAGAGUUCAAAGUUUAGAAACGAUACAUUAAUACUUUCAUGUUAAAAAUAAAAAUAAAAUGCAUACUACUUUUAAAGUUUGUUGUUCGUAUUAAUAAUACAAUAGAGUUAUUUAUAUAUAAUGUAAUAUGCAAUUAUAAAUAUAUGUAUAUUUUUGCAAUAAAAAAAGGUCCUAAAAUGUUAU